ACCGCGAAGCUCGGGGAAAGGGAGAAAGGCCGUGCGCGCCGUGCGCAGGCAGCAGGAAAACAAAGAUGGCGAGGAGACGGCGCUGGGGCCUGGGCGCGGGGCUGGCGGCGCCCCUGCUGCCCCUGGCGCUGGCGCUGCUGCUGCUGGCCGCCAGGGACGCCACCGAGGCCCGCUCCAUCAACCACGUCCACGACCUCAGCUCGGAGCUGUACUCGGAGAUCCGGGAGCUGAUGCAGCGAGCCUUGCACCAGCGCGAUGAGGCCGUCCCUUGCCUGGCCGAGCUCGGCGCCGCCCCCGCCCCCGCCCACCCCCGCCUCGUGCCCAGCUGGCCGCUGCACGGGCCGCCCCCGCUCGGGCAGGUGGCCGGCGUGGCCGUCGCGCUCAACGGCUUCCCUGUCGUGUUCCACCGCGGCGCCAGGGUGUUCGACAGCAAGUCCUUCAACGACUCGCACCACUUCCAGUUCGUUGACGAAGGUCCCAUCCCGGAGGACACGGUGCUCACCCUGGAUCCCGACAACGGCGACGUUCUGACCGGUUGGGGCCGCGACCUGUUCUUCAUGCCGCACUCCAUCACCAUCGACAACCGUGGCAACACUUGGCUCACAGACGUCGCCCUGCACCAGGUCUUCAAGUUCGCACCGGGCUCCACCAAGCCCAACCUCACCCUAGGCCAGGAGUUCACCCCCGGGCCGGGCAAGCACCAGCUCUGCAUGCCGACGGACGUGGCCGUGGCCUCCACCGGAGAGGUGUUCGUCGCCGACGGCUACUGCAACGCUCGCGUCCUCAAGUUUGACCCCUCCGGUGUGCUGCUCCGGCUCUACCCCCAAGGCAACGACUUGCAGCUGCAGGUGCCGCACUCGGUGGCGCUGCUGGAGCGGCUGGACAUGGUGUGCGUGGCCGACCGGGAGAACAUGCGCGUCGUCUGCCCGUCCGCCGAGCUGCGCGCCCAGCCCGCGCCCGGCCCGCCCGCCACCGUCAAGGCCGAGGACCUGGGCCGCGUGUUCGCCAUCGCGGCGUACGGCGACUACCUCUACGCCGUCAACGGCUACACGGCGGACAACAUCCGCGUCGGUGGCUUCACGCUGGACCCGGCCUCCGAGUCCCUGAUCGACCGCUGGGGCCCGCCGCAGGGCAUGAGCAACCCGCACUCGGUGGCCGUGUCGCCCGACGGCAGCGCGCUGUACGUGGCCGAGAUCGGCCCGAACCGCGUCUGGAAGUUCAACCUCCCGCAGGCCCUGUAAAGCACCUCCGCGACCCCCUACGACGACGUCCAAGACUAUACACCAACACCUUUAAUCCCAUGACGGCGACGGCGUCCUUUUGCGACCUCCGCGACGAAGACACCCCGCGAGGCCGCGACCUUGGUGAUCGGUAUGGCCUCCUCGCGAGCCGCCCGUCGGCGCGUAUAGGGUCCUCGGGCAGAGCGCGCGGGCGGCGGGGGCAGCAGCGCGAGAAGGAGAAGGAGCGCGUGAAGGUGAAGUGAGCCGCGGCCGCCCUCCGACCCCGCGCUCUGCCCGUAUACCGCCGCGGGCAGCGCGCUGCGAUUGUCAUACACUCACCAAAAAACAAAAACAAAAAAAAAAGUAUAGAAAAUUUACCGCUGCUUUUUGCAGUGUAUAUAGUAAUGUUCUUCCGGUCAUGCUGCGAAUGCACCAUUUCUCGUGCCGCCGGCUGGCGAUAAGGUCUUCUUUGACAUUUAAAUCAGCCGAUCCAUUAAAGACUCUUUGCCGAUUCCGUUCCGUUUGUCGACGAUACACACCGACGUGUCUAACGAAGGCGCGCGCAUGUGGCGCCGCGCUUAACGGAAAUUGAAGUUCAGAAGCACAAAAUUCGAUUACGUUUUUAUUUUGUCGUGAUUUGAAUAUUACAUAUUGUGCAGAAUAUCAUAUCAGACGAGAGAUAUCAGUCCUCUGCUUUUCGAUUCCUUUCUUUAACUCCAUUUUUUUAAGGAGAAAAAUAGUGCCACACACGAUUUCUCAGGUAUAGAGGGGAGGCGAAUUAAUGCAUAUAUUUUUCCCUUUUCUCAUUUCCAUGUCGUCAGAGGCAUACCGCACUCUAGUACAUAAUGAUGUAGACGUGCAAGCAGUGAGCACAGAAUACGUCUUGCUCGACAGCUCACGAAAGAAUAUGCAAUAUAAAAUCGUGUAAGCUAGUGACGUGAGCAAAACUUAAUUCUUGUUUCGUGGCUUUUCCCAUUAUACCCCCUUUGUGUCGUUGUUUAUUACAAGUGUGCAUGUCGGUGAUGUGAUUGUUGGUGAUAAAUAGUACAGUUGUCUAGAAAUUCCUUCCUUCAUUUUCGUAGAAUGUGGUAGUUUAUUUGACGGCGUGUUCUGUAGUGUGUGAAUCGUGGGAAUCACUGAAUAAAUUCACAAAAAGAUACAGCGGGAAACUGCGAUUGAA